AUGGCUGAACAGGAUCACAAAUCAACUACCAGCACAAUAUCUAUGUUUCCAGCACAAAAAUCUCCCCCUUUACUUUCUCAACCAGAAACUCAAGAUCAUUUUAUUGUGGGAAACCAUACCAAACAAGCAUCUGUUAUCUCACAAGUUUCUGAAGAUAAAAGUCCAUAUAUAGCCCAUAAUGAGUGUAUACCAUUACAUCCACCACCAGGCAUUCACUCUUUGGGUGACGUGCUGAAUGGAUUUGAUCGUGAUGAUCUCAUUCAACGGAUUGAAUCUCAUAAACAGCACCUAUUCUAUGCUCAACGAGAUCUAAUCGAGGCAAUGCUUAGUAUUGGACAGCAGCUUCAUAUUCUUACAGAGGUAUCACUCAGUAGUGCAAUCAUUUUGCAUGAGAAACAACUCUCUGACCUACUAACAGAAAUCGAAUCUCUAGAGAACACAAAUGGCUGCAUAAUCAAAGAUACUCGCCAAAUGUGCCAAUUGUUGCAGUGA